AUGUUUAAGUCAAAAAAUGCAUUUUGUUCUAUCAGCACUGGAGAUGAGCACAUUUCAGGGAACUUUGGCCUGCUGGACCAGGUUGAAGCUCUCAAGUGGAUCCAGCAGCACAUUCACAACUUUGGAGGAGACCCAGGAUUAGUUACCAUAUUUGGAGAGUCUGCUGGUGGAGUGAGCGUGUCUCUUCUGGAUCCAAAUUUGAGAUUUCAGGUAAAUGUUGAUGGACAUUUCCUGACUAAAGCUGUGGAUGAGCUGUUUCGUAAACAUGAACUCCAUGCUGUUCCAUUCAUGACUGGUGUCAAUAAUGAUGAAGGUGGAUGGAUGCUUGCAUCAGUUUUUGCUCCCCAAAACUGGACAGAAGGACUAGAUCGGGAAUUUGUUUUGAACAUGGUGUCCUUCUUCUAUCCUGACGUAAGGCAGACACCACUUGAUGUUGCAAUAUUACUGUUCCCUGACCUGCUCAAGCUUCUUUGAUUGAUUGUUGCUUAUUUCUUUAAGCCUAAAGCAGCAUUUAUCAGCGAUGUGAUAGCUGAUGAAUAUAUCGGAAAUGGUGACGACUGUUUGAAAAACAGAGAUGGGUACACUGAGAUGCUUGGAGAUUUGUUUUUCACCAUUCCAGCGAUUAAAGCUGCUAAUGCUCACAGAGUAUUUCAGCUGCCUGCUCCUGUAUACCUGUAUGAGUACCAACAUCCUCCCAAAUUCCUGCAGCAGAAAAGGCCGAGCUUUGUUGGGACUGACCACGGAGAUGAAAUGUUUACAGUUUUUGAACUUUGCUUCACAACUACCCAUGUAAAAUUAGCCGAUCCGUGCCCUGAGAAUGCGGAACAGUUGAGCAAGAUCAUGAUGAGCUAAUUGGGGAACUUUGCUCGCACAGGAUCUCCUGAUGGGCAAAACCUUGUCCACUGGCCAAAGUAUGAAGCAGAAGAAAAGUACCUGGCGAUUGGUUUAAAAAAGCAGGUAACUGCUCAGCACCUGAAGAAGGAGCGCUUUGUCUUCCUGACUCAGACCGUCCCAGAGAAGAUCAAACAGCAUGAGGAAAAUGCAGAACGCAAGUCGACCAUGAAGUUCCAUGUGCAGCAGACUUUCUGCUUCUUGAUGUCUGUUUUAUUCCUCUGUGUUGUUGCAGACCUUCAGGCACCUGUAGUCCACACGGGGCUCGGGAGGCUGAAAGGUGAGUAUGUGAGUGUGAAAGGGAAGGAGACUGGCGUCCAUGCCUACCUGGGUGUCCCAUUUGCCAAACCACCCCUCGGCCCUUCCUUGAGACUGGCUCCACCUCAGCCUGUAGGAGGAUGGGAAGGAGUAAGAGAUGCCACUAAACAGCCACCAAUGUGCAUUCAGUCUAAAGAAGCUGUUUUGGAUCUGCUUGAUAAACUCGGUGAAGCACUGGCAGAAAUACCAGACAUCUCUGAAGACUGUCUUUACCUCAACAUUUACACUCCUGCAAACAGAGCUAAAAAUGCCAAGCUCCCAGUCAUGGUCUGGAUCCAUGGUGGGGGCUUUGUGAUGGGAUCAGCUUCAACAUAUGAUGGCUCUGCCUUGGCUGCUUACCAGGACGUGGUUGUGGUUCUGAUCCAGUAUCGCUUGGGACUUCUGGGUUUUCUCAGCACUGGAGAUGAGCACAUUUCAGGGAACUUUGGCCUGCUGGACCAGGUUGAAGCUCUCAAGUGGAUCCAGCAGCACAUUCACAACUUUGGAGGAGACCCAGGAUUAGUUACCAUAUUUGGAGAGUCUGCUGGUGGAGUGAGCGUGUCUCUUCUGCUCCUGUCACCACUGUCUGAUGGGCUGUUUCACCGUGCUAUUGCUGAGAGUGGCACAGCUGCAAUGAAUGUACUUAUGACAAAUGAUCCUCUACCAAUGGCGCAGGCAGUUGCAAAUGCAUCUGGCUGCAGUCUUGAAAGCACAAAGAAGAUCAGUGACUGCAUGAGGAACCUUGAUAUUGAUACUAUAGUGGGUUUUACACAGGAUCCAACAUUAAGAUUUCGAGUAAAUGUUGAUGGACAUUUCCUGACUAAACCUGUGGAUGAGCUGUUUCGUAAACAUGAACUCCAUGCUGUUCCAUUCAUGACUGGUGUCAAUAAUGAUGAAGGUGGAUGGAUACUUGCAUCAAUCUUCAGGAACCCUGGCAUAAAAUUUCCUGUGGAGGAUGAGGAGUGUGAUCCCCAUAUAGUUGGAACAGACUGUCUUAUCCCCCUUCUGGAAGAUUGGAAGCACAACCCAGCACCUGUAGUCCACACAAAGCUUGGGACCCUGAAAGGUGAGUAUGUGAGUGUGAAAGGGAAGGAGACUGGCGUCCAUGCCUACCUGGGUGUCCCAUUUGCUAAACCACCCCUCGGCCCUUCCUUGAGACUGGCUCCACCUCAGCCUGUAGGAGGAUGGGAAGGAGUAAGAGAUGCCACUAAACAGCCACCAAUGUGCAUACAACCUAAACGAUUUGCUUGGGCACUGCUUGAUAAGCUCGGUUUCUUGCUGGCUGAUAUCCCAGACAUCUCUGAAGACUGCCUUUACCUCAACAUUUACACUCCUGCUAAAAGAGCUGAUGAUGCCAAGCUCCCAGUCAUGGUCUGGAUCCAUGGUGGAGGCCUCUCAAUAGGAUCAGCUUCAACAUAUGAUGGAUCUGCCCUGGCUGCUUACCAGGACAUGGUUGUGGUUCUGAUCCAGUAUCGCUUGGGACUUCUGGGAUUUCUCAGCACCGGAGAUGAGCACAUUUCAGGGAACUUUGGCCUGCUCGAUCAGAUUGAAGCUCUCAGGUGGAUCCAGCAGCACAUUCACAGCUUUGGAGGAAACCCAGGAUUAGUUACCAUAUUUGGAGAGUCUGCUGGUGGAGUAAGCGUGUCCCUUCUGCUCCUGUCACCACUGUCUGAAGGGCUGUUUCAUCAUGCAAUUGCUGAGAGCGGCACAGCUGCUAUGGAUUUACUUGUGGAAAAUUAUUCUCUACUAAAGGAGGUUGCAAAUGCAUCUGGCUGCAGCCUUCAAAGCACAAAGACGUUUGCUGAUUGCAUAAGAAGCCUUGAUAUUGAUAUCAUUGUGGAUUUUACCAAGGACCGACGUUUAAGAUGUCCUGUAAAUGUUGAAGGGCAUUUCCUGACAAAACCUGUGGAUGAGCUGUUUCGUAAACAUGAACUCCUCACUGUACCAUUCAUGAUGGGUGUGAAUAAUGAUGAAGCGGGAUGGAUGCUAAAAAAUUUAUUCAUUAGUGUUCCACAAAAUUGGGCACAAGGAAUGGAUCGGGACCAAGUCAUAAAUGCAAUGGGCUUCUUCUAUCCCAAUCCUAAAGAUGCAUUCAUCAAAAGUUUGAUAAUUGCUGAAUAUAUUGGAAACGGUGCCGACCGUGUGAAAAACCGAGAUGGGUUCUCUGAGGUUACUGCAGAUAUUCUAUUCAAUAUUCCAGUCAUUAAAACUGCUAAUGCGCACAGAGAGGCGGGUGCUCCUGUAUACCUGUAUGAGUACCAGCAUUCCUUGAAAAUGGUGCAGAAAAGAAGACCGAGCUUUGUUGGGAGUGAUCAUACAGAUGAAAUUUUUACAGUGCUGGGAUUUUGCUUCACAACUACCCACGUUAAACUGCCUCAGCCAUGCUUUGUGGAGGAGGAAGAGUUGAGCAGAACCAUGAUGAGCUACUGGGGCAACUUUGCUCGCACAGGGUCUCCUAAUGGGCACAACCUUGUCCACUGGCCAAAGUAUGAAGCAGAUGAAAAGUACCUGGCGAUUGAUUUAAAAACGCAAGUAACUGCUCAGCACUUGAAGAAGGAGCGCUUUGUCUUCCUGACUCAGACCGUGCCAGAGAAGCUCAAACAGCAUGACAAAAAUGCAGAACGCAGCGAGCUGUAG